AUGGCAGCAGUACUACUGCGAUUGGGGUUUCAGAUAAUUAUUCUCUUAUCACGCUCAGUCUAUGCAUUCGCACAAGCAGCAAAUAUAACAAAAAGUCCAUCAUGUCCAGAAGAAUGCAGUGGGAAUAAUGUUAGCAUUCCGUACCCAUUUGGAAUAGGUGAUGGUUGCUAUAUUUCCAAAUGGUUUGAAAUCGUAUGUAAUGAAACUGACACUUUCGACGGUAAAUCCAAAAUACCUGUCAUAAGGCAGUUCAACCUGGAGGUGCUGGAGAUUCUAUUAGAUGAUAACAAAGUUCGGGUCAACUAUCCGGUAUUUACGAGUUGUACUAAUAAUGAAAGCACCACAUUCAAAGUAGAGUUAGCAGGAAGUCCUUUUGUCUUCUCCAGCAGUGACAACUAUUUCGUUGCCAUGGGUUGCAACAACUCUGCCGUGAUGUGGUCCGAAGAUGAGAAAGUCUCAACCGGUGCAGUGUGCCGGUCCCCUUGCGAUCACCAAAGAUCAUCAAGAAAUGGAAAAAUUAGUUGCAAGGACACUGCGGACUGCUGCGUAACAUCAAUCCCCUCAGAUGUUCAUUCAUUCACUACAAAAAUAGAGCCAAGAGCUCAUUCCGAGGAGGUAGUCGGAGAAUCAUGCAGGCAUGCAUUCUUGGUCGAAAAUUCGUGGCCGCUUUGGGAGAAAUUCAAAAUUUCGACCCCAAAUGCAUACUUCCCAGUGGUAUUGGAUUGGGGGAUUGAUAAUCCUUCAAAAACUUCGCUUCCAAUAGAUCUCUCGGUGGCAAAUGAUUGGACGUCAGUACCACUUAUCUGUCAUAGAGGGUAUUACCCUUCUUUUAACCGGGGCUUUACUUACAGCUGUUGGUGCAAUACAGGCUUCCAUGGAAAUCCCUAUCUUCCUGAAGGAUGUCAAGAUAUUGAUGAAUGUGCAAACUCAGAUUAUAAUUAUUGUGGUGAAACACGUUGUGAAAAUACUUUGGGGUCUUUUAAAUGUAUCCCAGCUCGUAGGAGUGCCAGGCUUGCCAUCAUUAUUGGAAUUAGUGCAAGCCUUGGGCUAGUAGUGAUGCUCAUUGGUGGAUGGUGGUCCUACAAAGCAGUAAAUAAAAGAAAGAUGAUGAAGCAAAAGGAGAAGUUCUUUAAACGGAAUGGUGGACUAUUGUUACAACAACAAGUAUCUUCGAAUGAAAUCAACGUUCAGACUACUAAAUUGUUUGAUUCAAAGGAGUUGGAGAAGGCCACUGACCGAUUUAAUGCAAACAGAAUGCUUGGCCAGGGAGGACAAGGUACGGUUUACAAAGGCAUGCUACUAGAUGGAAGCAUUGUCGCCAUAAAAAAGUCUAAGAUAAUUGAUGAAAGAAAGCUUGAAGAAUUCAUUAAUGAAGUUGUUAUUCUUUCACGAAUUAACCACAGAAAUGUGGUUAAACUACUUGGUUGUUGUUUGGAGACAGAAGUUCCUCUACUCGUUUAUGAGUUCAUUCCUAAUGGAACUCUUUCCCAAUAUCUCAAUAACCAAAAUGAGGAGUUUCCCCCAACAUGGGAUAUGCGCUUACAAAUUGCCACAGAUAUCGCCGGAGCUCUCUUCUACUUGCACUCAGCAGCUUCAUCACCCAUUUACCAUCGAGACAUCAAGUCUACAAACAUACUUUUAGAUGAAAAGUAUAGAGCUAAACUAGCAGACUUCGGAACUUCAAGAUCUGUUGCAAUUGAUCAAACCCAUCUGACCACACAAGUACAAGGUACUUUUGGAUACUUGGAUCCUGAGUAUUUUCAAACUAGUCAGUUUACAGAAAAAAGUGAUGUUUAUAGUUUUGGGGUUGUCCUCGUUGAGCUAUUAACUGGAGAAAAAGCAAUCUCUUCAAUAAGAACAGAAGAUACCAAAGGUUUAGCCUCAUAUUUCAUUCGUUCAAUGGAAGAAAACAAUUUGUUUGAUAUUCUUGAUGAUCGAGUUUUGAAGGAAGGUGAAAAAGAGGUUGUUUUGGUUGCGAAUCUUGCAAAAAGGUGCUUGAACCUGAGCGGAAAGAAACGACCUAUGAUGAAAGAAAUUUCAAUGGAGUUGGUGUCCGUUCAAACGUCGAGAAAAGCUUCUAACCUUGAUCAGCAAAAAUAUGAAAAGGCUGAAUAUGUUAGAACUGAAAUGUACGAUCAAUGGGUUGGUUCUACAUCAACAACGUUAACAUCCUGUGUGGAUAGUGGUGAUCACGGCCAUCUUUUGACAAUUUCUUCUUAA